GAAUGUCACAUAAUUUAAAUAAGUAUAAAAUAAAAAUCGGGUUUCGUAUUUUUAUGCUCAACAUCUUUUGUUUAUGGAGUAGUGAAAUUGGUUGGAUCGGUAAUAAAUGGCUUUAAGAUCAAUUUUUUUUUUCCGAUCUGUUGGAAAUCAGAUAAAUGCUGUUAAAGUAAUAGAACGAUUUCUAUCAUUAUCAGCCUCAAAUAGCUAUAAAGAAGGGCAAGACCAAUUAAGCAUACAAAAAAGUAGAAAUGAUGAUGCUGGAAGCUACACAGAGUUAGUUCGAGACUUUCUUGAUCCAUCAGAAUUUCACAGAGCUGUUCGUAAACAAGGGAUAAGUUUUUUUACUGGUGUUCCAGAUUCUUUACUGAAAGAUUAUUGUGCUUAUGUCACUGCAAAUGAAGCUGAAGGUUCUCAUGUAAUAUCUGCCAAUGAGGGCUCAGCUGUUGCACUUGCUGCUGGAUAUCAUUUUGCAACUGGGAGAACUGCUUUAGUUUAUUUACAGAACUCAGGUCUUGGAAAUAUUGUUAAUCCUAUGAUGUCUCUUGCCACACCAUCUGUAUACAGUGUUCCAAUGCUGUUGUUGUUAGGAUGGCGAGGUGAACCUGGAAAACGAGAUGAACCUCAACAUGUCACAAUGGGUCAAGCAACACCUGGAAUUCUUGCGGCUUGUGGUAUUCCAUUUCAAAUUCUUCCAGAUUACUUAGAGGGUGCUGAACAAGUACUUUACUCAGCCAGAAAACACAUGGAAGUUUCAAAAGGACCUUACUGUUUACUUGUUAAACGUCAAACUUUUUUACCUUACAAAAUGAAGUACCCACCAUCAAUUUUUGAAGAAAUGCCUUUAAAUCGUGAAGGAGCAAUUGAAGAGAUAGUUAAAUGUUUGCAUGAUCGUGAUGUUGUUGUUGGAACAACUGGAAUGUUGAGUCGGGAACUUUUUGAGAUUCGUGAAAAACAGUUUAAUGGUCAUGAAAAAGAUUUUUUAACUGUUGGAAGUAUGGGGCAUGCUUCUGCUAUUGCUUUAGGAAUUGCUUUAAAAAAGCCCAAAAGACAGGUAUUUUGUUUGGAUGGAGAUGGAGCAUGCAUUAUGCACAUGGGCAAUAUGUCAACUAUUGGAAAUUGUUCUCUUCCAAAUUACAAUCAUAUAGUAAUUAAUAAUGGUGCACAUGAUUCAGUUGGUGGUCAACCAACAGAUGCACUUAACAAUGAAAGAUUUAACAUUUGCCAAGUAGCUUUAGGACUGGGUUACAAAAAAGCAACUUCAGUAUCUACGCCCGAAGAAAUUCGAGAAUCGGUAUUAGCGAUGCGAUCAAUGCAAGGACCUGUUCUUCUAGAAAUUAAAGUUAAAAAAGGUAGUAGAAAAGAUUUAGGCCGACCUACAAGGACACCUAUUCAGAACAAAGCUGAUUUUAUGCAUUUCUUAGCUAUAGAUUAGAUUAAUUUUCAAAUUUAGAAUAUAAAAGCAUAACAUCUAAUACUAAGUCAAAAUAAAUUAAAAUAAAAAUUGUUAUAUAAAUAAUAUUUAUAAAUAGAAUAAAUAUUCUUUAAUCCUCUUCUUUUAAAUCUAAUGUUAGCCGUUUGUUUUAUUUUUAGAAAAAUCUUAAAUUAUGAUCUAAUUAAAAUGAAAUCUUUUUUUCUUAAAAUUCAGUAUGCGAUUUUGUCUGCACCUUGUGUCUUUUUCGUUUUUUUUUUUUAAUUUAUCUUUUAAAAUAAUAAAAACUGUUUGUAACGUUCACUCGAAAAAACUGUAAAAGCUUUGCUAUCUGCAUUGAUAGAAUUUGAUAGCAUAAUUAUUUUUAUUAUGGCAUUGAUAUAUAGGUAGUAUAGAUGUCAUUAGUAGUAUUGAAAUGUUUGUACUUUAAUUACUAAAAAUGA